AUGACCAGUGGUAGCGCAGAUAUCGUGGUUUUUGGUAGUAUUGUUCAAGAUUUAGUGAGCUAUACGGAAAAAUUCCCACGUCCCGGUGAGUCGGUCCGCGGUAAAUUGUUCGAGUCAGCUCCGGGCGGAAAGGGUGCAAACCAGGCCACUCAAGCGGCACGACUCGGCGGACGUGUACUCAUGAUAGGCAAAGUUGGUAAUGACACUUUUGGACCGUUGAAUAUUGAGGCGUUGAAGAAGAGUGGCAUUCAAACAGAUUACAUAGGAAUUAGUGAGACGAGUGGAACGGCGACUGCAAUGGUUACAGUUUCAGACCAAGAUGAGUUUUUCUGUCACGCAAAUGAUUUUUUGUUUAAUAUCUGUGCAUCGAUAGACGUGUUUUUGUUUGUUUCAAGUGAAAACACAAUCGUGGUAACGUUGGGAGCAAACCUUGAGAUAGAACCAUCACGAGCUGAUCAAGUGGAAGCGGUUAUAGCUGGGGCGAAAAUUUUUUUGUGUCAGUACGAAAUUAAAGUGGACACAUUGAGGAGAGGGCUUGAAGUAGCGAAGAAAAACAACGUACGCACGUUUUUCAAUUUUGCGCCGGGUGAAGCCAAUUUCGAUAAAUCAAUUCUUCGUUACGUUGAUAUUCUGUGUACGAACGAGAAUGAGACCGAAUUUUUGUCCGGAAUGAGCGCAAAGACGGUUGACGAUGCAAAGGAAGCAUCAAAAUCAUUGUUAUCCUAUGGGCCGUCAGCUGUAAUCGCUACGCUUGGCAAAAAGGGCUCCAUUAUUGCUACCGAACACGAAGUGAAGCAUAUCGAGGCCAACGUUGUUAAGGCCGUUGAUACAACCGGUGCUGGUGAUAGUUUUUGUGGUGCGUUAGCGUAUUUCUUGGUCUAUAAACCCGAACUGUCAUUGGACGAGCAAGUCAGGCGUGCGUCGUGUAUUGCCGCAGUAUCCGUGCAACAUCGAGGAACUCAAUCAUCGUACCCUUGGGCUAAAGAUUUACCCUCUGAUUUGAUGAGGUGA